AUGACAGCCUCCGUGCUCCUCCACCCCCGCUGGAUCGAGCCCACCGUCAUGUUCCUCUACGACAACGGCGGCGGCCUCGUGGCCGACGAGCUCAACAAGAACAUGGAAGGGGCGGCGGCGGCGGCGGCGGCAGCGGCGGCGGCGGCGGCGGCCGGGGCCGGGGGCGGGGGCUUCCCCCCCCCGGCAGCCGCGGCCGCGGGGGGCAACUUCUCGGUGGCGGCGGCGGCGGCGGCAGCGGCCGCGGCCGCGGCCAACCAGUGCCGCAACCUGAUGGCGCACCCGGCGCCCUUGGCACCCGGCGCCGCGGCCGCCUACAGCAGCGCGCCCGGGGAGGCGCCCCCGUCGGCCGCCGCCGCCGCCGCCGCCGCCGCCGCUGCCGCCGCCGCCGCCGCGGCUGCCUCGUCCUCGGGAGGGCCCGGCCCGGCGGGCCCGGCGGGAGCCGAGGCGGCCAAGCAGUGCAGUCCCUGCUCGGCGGCGGCGCAGAGCUCGUCGGGGCCCGCGGCGCUGCCCUACGGCUAUUUCGGCAGCGGCUACUACCCGUGCGCCCGCAUGGGCCCGCACCCCAACGCCAUCAAGUCGUGUGCGCAGCCCGCCUCGGCCGCCGCCGCCGCCUUCGCGGACAAGUACAUGGAUACGGCCGGCCCGGCGGCCGAGGAGUUCAGCUCCCGCGCUAAGGAGUUCGCCUUCUACCACCAGGGCUACGCGCCCGGGCCUUACCACCACCACCAGCCCGUGCCUGGCUACCUGGAUAUGCCGGUGGUGCCUGGCCUCGGGGGGCCUGGCGAGUCUCGCCACGAACCCCUGGGUCUUCCCAUGGAAAGCUACCAGCCCUGGGCGCUGCCCAACGGCUGGAACGGCCAAAUGUACUGCCCCAAAGAGCAGGCGCAGCCUCCCCACCUCUGGAAGUCCACUCUGCCCGACGUGGUCUCGCAUCCCUCAGACGCCAGCUCCUACAGGCGGGGGAGGAAGAAGCGCGUCCCUUACACCAAGGUGCAAUUAAAAGAACUCGAAAGGGAAUACGCUACAAACAAAUUCAUUACCAAGGACAAACGGAGGCGUAUAUCGGCCACCACGAAUCUCUCCGAGCGGCAGGUUACAAUCUGGUUCCAGAACAGGAGGGUCAAAGAGAAAAAAGUCAUCAACAAACUGAAGACCACGAGUUAAUGGAUUAAAAG